AUGGCUUCAGAUCAACCCACUUCGCUGCUCCUUCCCGACCCAAACGCGUCGCUGGCUUCUCCUCCUUCUCAUGUCACCCGCCACUCCGAAUCUCGUCUUGUGCAGUCUCGUAAACACGACAUGGAUACCCAUGAGAAGGAUGACCUCGGGCCAGCUCCCUCGAACAACGCCUUCGGGCAGUUUUCUUUCGCUCCGACGACUCGCACCACAGUAGUCACCACCACCACAACUACAACCACCUCUUUUCCUCCUCUUAUAAUACGGCCCCCGCGGGCUGUCGAGGACCUCGACGCCCGACAGUAUCCCCUUGCCGCGUCACCAACGCCCGCGUCUCUGAGGAAUCUCCGGUUCAAGGUUGGCGAUAAGUCCAUCAUUUUCAAUGAACCUGAAGAUGCUGCCACAGCAGGAGCCGAGCUCAAGGAACGCAAUGAUGCCCUCGAGUCCUCUAACGGGUUGAUUCGCUCCGUGAACUCUUUCUCUUCCGAAGACGGCAGCUCUGCUCGCCGACUCGCUCCUCCCAGAUCAGUGAUUCGACUUGGCUUGCCAAACCUUCAAAAUCGCCCUGUCUCUCCUGUUUCAAACCCCGACCCUCGCCCGUCUACGCUCCCUCGUACCCGUGCGUCCCGUGUACCGUCGGAGCCUGUGGCUCGACGGACUCGUCAUGGAGCAUCAACCUCAACGCAUCUUUCGCCCGCCGGUCUCGUCACCCCUGAAACAGAACACAACGUCGGCAGUAUUGGAGAAAGUGCUGGUCCGAGGCCGAGAAUGCACAGCGCGAACUUCCCGCGCAGGGAAACCCUGCUGCGCUCGCCUCUUUCAGCGGAGGUUGGGCUGGGGGGUAUGCGAAAUAUUACACUUCCAGAGCACCGGGGACUACUAAACCACAGUGUCGACACCAAUGAAGUCUCCGGUUCCGACCCGGCAUCCACUCAAAGCACAUCCUUUGCCUCAACUGAACCUACAUCGCAGCCAAGACCUGACCUGACUUCCCAGCUUUCGGCAAUCGAUAACGCUAUGGCCCAGGAUAUGUGCUUGCCAAGCCCUAGUCUGUCUCCAGUCGCCGCCAUGAAUGCUCUUCACGGCGAGUCGUCCUUUGAAUCAGAAGGGCCUGAUGUGGACACGGAUUCUAGCCUUGACCACAACGUUUCACGCCAUUCCCGGGCAGUUCGCGUUCACGAUGGAGAUUCCUCUCGGACCAAGAGCUUUUUCUCUCAAUCCGCUCCAUCGCUCAUGGAUAUGCCCCAGGUGCUGGAAUACUUUGACUCCGUUCCCGAAGAGUUGAAGACUUAUCUGAUGUAUCAAUUCUUGCGAAGAUGCCCCAAACCGACUCUGCAUUUCGUAGCCGACGUUGUCAACCCGACUCUGAAAUGCGACUUCCUUGCCUUGCUUCCUCUUGAACUUAGCUUGAACAUUGUCAAGUAUCUGGAUGUGCAAACGAUGUGUCGUGCGGCUCAAGUAUCAAAAAAAUGGCGGCAUAUCAUCAACUCGGAUGAGAAGAGCUGGAAAGAGCUUCUUGAUCUUGACGGUUACCUUCUUUCUGAGGGUGAACUAGAGCGAGCUAUUCGGGAAGGAUGGGGCUGGCAGUGCAGCAGUGUGGACGAUUUUGAAAGAGAUCUCAGCUUGCCUUGGUCUAGAGGAGACAAUGAGGCAUCUUCACUACCAUCCUCUUCUGCCGCCAACGACAGAUCCCCACUGACAGCUCUGGGCUCUCGACGAUCGAAGCGGAAAGCGAACACGCGUGCUUCCAGUCGUAAACUCGCGAAACGCAAGAUUUCCUCCAGCGGAAGUGGUGUGGACUAUAAUGAUCCAGACUGGAAGAGGGAUGUUGCCGCCUCGGAGGCACCAUAUGCCGCGGCCAACGCUGCAGCUGCAGCUGUCCCUUAUGCCGAAAUCGGUCUGCCUUCGCUUCGCGGAAUGUAUCUCUACAAGUCCCUAUAUCGUCGGCACCAUGCCAUCCGUCGAGGAUGGAUGAAGCCUGAAGUCAAGCCUCAGCAUAUUGCUUUCCGUGCCCAUGACCGUCAUGUUGUUACCUGUCUGCAGUUUGACACCGAAAAGAUUCUGACUGGAAGCGAUGACACAAAUAUCAAUGUAUAUGACACCAAAACUGGCGCCUUGAAGGCUACACUGGAGGGCCACGAAGGUGGUGUUUGGGCCCUCGAAUACCAUGGGAAUACUCUUGUUUCUGGAUCUACUGAUCGCUCUGUCCGUGUCUGGGAUAUCGAACGAGCUCGGUGCACUCAGGUGUUCCAUGGCCACACUUCCACCGUGCGCUGUUUGCAGAUCGUUCUACCCACUGAAAUUGGACGAGACGCAAAUGGUCGGCCCCAGAUCAUGCCAAAGCAACCCAUGAUUAUCACUGGCUCUCGGGAUUCUAACCUGCGGGUCUGGAAACUUCCGAAACCUGGAGAUCCCGUUUACUAUCCGACUGGGCCUCUUGCAGAUGAUACAGACUGUCCUUAUUUUGUCCGAGUAUUGGCUGGCCACACGCAUUCCGUUCGCGCAAUCGCAGCUCAUGGGGACACCCUUGUGAGCGGCAGUUAUGAUUGUACUGUGCGAGUGUGGAAGGUCUCGACCGGACAGAUUCUGCACACGCUACAAGGCCAUUCCUUGAAAGUAUACAGUGUUGUCCUGGAUCCCAAACGCAAUCGCUGCAUCAGUGGUGCUAUGGACCACAUGGUCAAGGUUUGGUCACUUGAUGAUGGCUCUCUUCUUUACAAUCUCGAAGGUCACACCUCUCUUGUCGGUCUGCUUGCUUUGCAGAAUGAUUUCCUGGUCUCUGCUGCCGCAGAUUCUACCCUGCGCAUCUGGGAUCCUGAGCAUGGUCAUUGCAAGAACAUGCUGAGCGCGCACACUGGUGCCAUCACCUGCUUCCAGCACGACGGUCAAAAGGUCAUAUCUGGAUCGGACCGAACCCUAAAGAUGUGGGAUGUGAGCACCGGCGCCUGCGUUCGUGACCUUCUUACCGACCUCAGCGGUGUGUGGCAAGUCAAAUUCAACGACAGACGUUGUGUCGCUGCUGUGCAGCGUGAUAGCUUGACCUACAUCGAGGUCCUAGACUUCGGAGCCGCUCGUGAUGGUGUCCCCGAAAACAAACUCGGCAAACGAGUCGCAGUCAACCGUCACGGGCGGGAGAUUGCCAACGGCAGUGUGGACUCCGACUCCGAUUCUGACUGA